UAAAUAUAUAAAUAGUAAACGGAGACAGAAUAGCUUAUUGACCAACAAACACAGGGAAGCCCUAGAUAAGCUGCGAAAUGAUGAGAAUAUAAUAAUUUCGAAACCUGAUAAAGACUCUGGAGUAGUAAUAAUGAAUAAGGCUGAAUACAUAGAUAAGAUGAAUGGAAUACUCAGUGAUCAUCGAAAAUUUCAAAAAAUCACAUCUUCCGUCGAUCCAACAGAAAAAGUGGAGAAACAGCUAAUCGAGUCACUAAAAAGACUUAAACAACAAAGCAGCAUCAUAGAAGGUCUAUAUGAAUCUCUAAAGCCUACUGGCACGAUUACACCAAGAUUAUAUGGACUUCCAAAAGUGCACAAAAUUGGUGUGCCACUUCGACCAGUGUUAGACAUGUGUAAUUCCCCAUAUCAUGCCACAGCAAAAUGGUUAGUCAAGCUCCUGAAACCUCUGCAUAAUGAGUUGGUAAAACAUAGCGUAAAUGGCAGUUUUGAAUUUGUUGGAAAAAUAAGAGAUCUUAAUGUGAGGGACAAGUUUAUGAUAUCUUUUGAUGUAUCCUCCUUGUUCACCAAUGUACCGUUAAUGGAGACAGUGGAUUUUAUAUGUGAGGAGAUUACUACACGAAACAUAGACAUCGGCAUUUCUGUAUCCACCUUGAAGGAACUUAUUUUAAGAUGUACAAUGAACGUUCAUUUCUUAUUCAAUAAGGAAUAUUACAGACAAAUUGAUGGUGUAGCUAUGGGUUCCCCAUUAGGCCCAAUCCUAGCUGAUUUUUUCCUCGCUAAGUUAGAGAAUGGACCACUGAAAGGAGUAAUUAGUGACUUGGAUUUCUACUGUCGAUAUAUGGAUGAUACAUUUCUGGUCAUAAAAAACGAGGACGAUGCAAUGAACAUCCUUGACAAGUUUAAUGAUGCCCAUUCAGCAAUAAACUUUACCAUAGAGAAAGAAAGUAAUGACAGUAUCUCAUUCCUAGACGUCUUCAUGGCAAGGAAAGAAGAUGGCACACUAAGAAGGAGUGUGUACAGGAAACCUACUACAACAGGUCAGUACACUCAUUUUUUGAGUUUUGUACCUUUGAAAUAUAAACGUAACCUGGUAAAGUGUCUGGUUCAUAGAGCUAGGUUAAUCUGUUCAGACGACUGCUUCAAUGAGGAGCUUAAGAUUAUUAGAGAAUUACUUAGAAAAAAUGGUUAUCCAGAUAAGUUUAUUGAGAAAAAUAUGAAUUCAUCACCUAGGACAGUCACUAUGGCAACAGUUCCGAAAAAACCACUGUUCAUAAAACUUCAGUUCCUCGGUGACAACAUCAGCGAAAUAAUAACACAACGACUGAAGAAUGCAGUUAAAAGAGCUUAUUAUGCAGCAGAGGUACGCUGUCUCUUCACAACCACACCUAUCCUACGUUCGAGUAAUAAGGAUAAACUACCUAAAUUCGCCUCUUCUAUGUGUAUCUACCAGUUUGACUGCAGCUGCGGAGCCAGCUACAUCGGGCGAACAAUUAGGCAGGUUCAUCAUCGUAUUUCCGAACAUCAUCCGGCAUGGUUAAGCAAGGGACAAACAAGAUCUAUUCGUAGCUCUAUUUUAGCCCACCUUGUAGAUAGUGAGCAUAAGGUUGACGUUAAUACUGCAUUUAAAAUUAUUUAUCGCAUUCCUACUAAUCUUAAUUUUGCUUUACGAGUUCGUCUUCUACAUACAGCUGAAGCAAUAGGAAUCCACCUGAAGAAGCCAAACUUGUGUGUUCAGAAGAAAUUUGUACAGCCACUUUCCUUACCUUGGCCAUCGUUACAUGACUGUAUAAACCGGACUACUUCAUCCCCCUCCCCCUAAA